UUCAAACAUAUUAUGGCAGACACACUUCGGACUUACUUGAACAAGAAACUGAGAGUGACGGUUUCAGACGGAAGGAUGCUGAUGGGCAAACUUCUAUGCACCGACAGAGACCGCAACUUGGUUGUUUCCUCGUGUCUUGAAUACAUGUCGUCAGAAAACGAUUCAGAUGUCAAGUAUGAGCCUCGACUUGUAGGGAUAGCUACGGUACCGGGCAAACAUAUUGUCAAGAUUGAAAUCCGGGAACACGAAGAUGAAAACGGCGAGGACGACUUGCCGCUGUCAAUAAUGAGAAGAGACGAGAAGAGUGGCGAGUCGGUCACGGAAAGACCCAAGGAUGGUACAGAAACUGUGUGCGCAGACAGUAGUGAUGGCGCAGUUGAGGACAGAACAGGAAAUAUUUCUGAUCCUAUUAGUGAUGUUUCACACUCCUAAUUAAUUAAUUAAUUAAUGAUAAUGAGGUAAUAGAAAAAUUUGUCAUUCGACUAAUGAUUGUAGACAUAAAUGUCAUUCAUGCUGUUUCGUUGGAAGCAAUUGAA